UUGUCCAGGCAAAUUUCAGCUCUCUUUAGCUCAAAAAUGGCGGUGGCGAGAACGGUAGUGGUAAAAGCAGUGAACGCCGGUUUAUGGAGUCUGCAACGGAGUCGUUCCAGGAGUUUGCAACAGGCCCAAACUGUAAGGGCUUUAUCGGCGAUCAUGUCUCCGCCUUCCAAAGCAGUCGUGUACGAGCACCACGGUCCACCCGACUCCGUUACCAGACUGAUAGAGCUAUCCCCAGUAGAAGUGAAGGAGAAUCAAGUUUGCGUUAAAAUGUUAGCUUCUCCUAUCAAUCCCUCUGAUAUUAACCGUAUUGAAGGCGUAUACCCUGUGAGGCCACAAGUGCCAGCAGUUGGGGGCUAUGAGGGUGUUGGAGAAGUAUAUUCUGUUGGGUCUGCGGUUACGGGUCUCUCGGCUGGUGAUUUGGUCAUUCCCUCCCCUCCCUCCUCAGGAACAUGGCAAACUUAUGUUGUGAAGGACCAGGAUAUGUGGCAUAAAAUCAGUAAAGAUUCACCAAUCGAGUAUGCUGCAACAGUUACUGUUAAUCCUUUGACUGCUUUAAGAAUGCUCGAAGACUUCGUAACUUUAAACUCAGGAGAUUCCAUUGUCCAAAAUGGGGCUACAAGCAUCGUGGGACAAUGUGUAAUCCAGCUUGCAAGAUUUCGUGGCAUCCAUAGCAUUAACAUUAUCCGGGACAGGGCUGGGUCGGAUGAAGUAAAAGAAAGAUUAAAGGCUCUCGGUGCUGAUGAAGUGUUUACUGAGAGCCAACUAGAAGUGAAGAAUGUCAAGGGCCUUCUGUCAAAUAUACCUGAACCUACUCUGGGAUUCAACUGCAUUGGGGGAAACGCUGCUUCUUUGGUUCUCAAGUUCUUAAGGCAGGGAGGAACCAUGGUAACAUAUGGUGGAAUGUCCAAGAAGCCUAUCACUGUAUCAACUUCAUUGUUCAUAUUCAAGGACCUUUCCUUGAGAGGAUUCUGGCUACAGAAAUGGUUAAGUGCAGAUAAAGCGAAAGAAUGCAGAGAUAUGGUAGAUUACCUUCUGUGCCUGGCACAAGAGGGGAAGUUGAAAUACGAGAUGGAGUUGGUUCCAUUUGACAAUUUUCGCACUGCAUUGGACAAGGCGCUUGGGAAACUCGGGAGUCAGCCAAAACAAGUGAUCAAAUUCUAAUUUCGCGUCAUCCUUCAUCAAUUUUGAAUGUCGUACUAUAUUAAUGGAGGUCAUCUCAUACUCUUGGAUUUUCAUGCCUCAUGAUUUAGAUAUUUCUUUGAA